GUGUGACCAAAUGCCAUGUUUCAAAAAGCUUGGCAUAUUUUUCAAUAUCUCAUUAGUGUAGCAGUUUUUUACUGCAACAGACUUCUCGCAUCCAGUUCUCAGGCCUUGGUCAACAUGGACAGAAUUCGGCUGCUCUCGCUCCUGCUGAUAUUACUGUUUGCCAACCAAACAUGGGCACAAAAAAGAAAACAAAAAUGCAUUACUAUUGCGGACAAUCACCAAGCAUUACGAUUCAGAGAAAAUCGACACAUCACGCAGACCAAGUUUAAAGUAUAUGAGGACGGGACAGGUGACGAUUUUUGUGAAGUUCGAAUUCUUCAGCCAGAAACUCUGGAAAAGUGCUCGUUUAAUGCCUCACUUCCUUUGGUCAUUUUAGUUCAUGGAUGGUCGAUUAAUGGGAGACUGGAAAGUUGGUUAUGGAAAAUGGGUUCAGCUUUAAAAUCAAAACAAAAGCCAAUCAAUGUCAUUAUUGCCGACUGGCUGUCCUACGCCUAUGGGUUCUACCCCACUGCUGCCCAGAACACGCGCGUUAUUGGGAUGGAAAUUGCAGAGCUUCUGGAAUGGCUCGAGUCAACCGUUCACUUUCAAAGAAGUAACGUUCAUUUGAUCGGGUACAGCCUCGGAGCUCAUGUUGCAGGGUUUGCAGGCAGUUAUAUUACUGGCCCAAACAAGAUUGCGAGAAUUACAGGUCUUGACCCAGCUGGUCCUUUGUUUGAGGGAGUGUCUUCUGUUGACCGGCUGUCGCCAGAUGAUGCAGAUUUUGUUGAUGCCAUUCACACCUUCACUCAGCUACACAUGGGAUUAAGUGUUGGUAUCAAACAGGCUGUCGGGCAUUUUGACUUUUACCCCAAUGGAGGUGAAUUUCAGCCAGGCUGUCAUUUUAUGAACUUAUACAACCAUCUCUCAGAGUAUGGGAUCCAUGGGUUUAAAGAACCUGUGAAAUGUGCCCAUGAAAGGUCAGUCAACCUGUUCAUUGAUUCCCUUGUAAAUGAUGACAAGCAGAGCAUGGGCUACUGGUGUAAAGACAUCAAUACAUUCAUCAAAGGUGUUUGCCUGAACUGCCGGAAAAAUCGCUGCAACACACUGGGAUACAACAUUCAGAAGAAAGCUCUUCAGAAGAGUAGAAAGUUCUUCUUGAUAACAAGGGCUCAAAUGCCUUAUAAAGUUUUCCAUUACCAAAUCAAGAUUAAUGUUCUUAACCAACUCGAAAAACAACUAGAUCCAAAAUUCACAGUAUCCCUGAUAGGAACAUUAAAAGAUGCGUUGAAUCUGGAACUUGCACCAGUCGAGUCAAUGAAUGAAACCAAAACAUAUUCAUUUCUCAUUACUCUGGAGGAAGACAUUGGGAAUUUGAUGAUGGUCAAGCUGAAGUGGGAGGGAGUAGAUGUCUGGUCCAAUAUAUUGGAGUCAAUUCAAACAAUAUGGACUCGGGAGUCAGAUAGACCUGGACUCCUACUGAAGGAAAUCACUGUCAAAUCAGGAGAAUCCCAACAGAAAAUAAAAUUUUGUUCUGAAAAUAUUGUCAGCUACAAGCUUCUUCCAACCCAAGAAAAAACUUAUGUGAGAUGCGCGGGCAGCUCAGGAAAACAGUCAAAAAGAAUACAGACACACUGAACAGGAGACCAAGGCUCAUCCAGUAGCGAAUACAACAUGCAACGAUCAGCAGUUCAUUCUAGUGGUUCGUUUUACACCAAAGAAAUAAAACAUGUUAAAGGGAGAAGCUCAGUCGCCUUCCUUUGAAAUCCAUACAAGGUUAUUCACUAAGGCAAGGGCGCCCAAAAGGCAGAUUCCCAGAUUUUGUAGAACUACAAUUCCCAUUAUGCUUUGCAUGCCUUUAGAUUAGUGAGACAAGGCAUCAUGAGAGUUCUAGUUUUACAACAUCUGGGGACCUACCCUUUGGGCACCCCUAAAGUGAAAAUUGUUGGCAAUACAAAGUGAAUAAAAAGCGAAUAUUACUUUUAUUAUUUUAUACCAAAAUAGCCAAAUUGGAAAAUUCUCUAUGUCAGCUAUACUGCCAGCUUUAUCCUUAGGUUUGUAAUUCACUGUGAACUCCUGACAAUUUUCACAUUAGUAAAUAACCCUGAUAAUCUUUCCCCCAACGUCAUUUAAUGAAUUUGCCAGUUAUACUCUGUUGGAAUUAGAUUAAUUUAAAAUAAAAUAAUAUAUAUGGAACAAAGGACUAUACAGUGUCAUGUAUAAAAAGGGGCGUUAAUUCUUGGGAUGAAAUAUAAUUUAACCUCUUUAUAAACCACAUCUUGAAUAUGCUGUGCAAUUUUGCGAACAUGUUCUAAAGUAGGAUAUUAUGGAAAAAUAUUGCAGAGGCAAUAUGAAAGCUUUAUACAAAUAUAUUCGAGGCUAAUAAAAAAAC